AUCGCGUUAACGCGUCUGCCACCACUAGUAGUACACUACACCACAUGAAGCCGUCAAUCUUCAGUUUUUUUAGUUUUUUUCAAGGUUCGUCUGCACACUUUUGUUGCUAUGAUGUCCAUGGACGAGCAAGAACGAAUUCAGUAUGAAGCCCAAUCACAGGCAUUGCGUGUAGAGUUGAAGCAAUGGGAAAACAACUGGGCAAAGGAACACGCAGGCAAGAAGCCUGCCCGCAAUGAUAUCAAGCAGAACCCCGAGAUUGCCCAAAAAUACAAGUCCUACAACAAGAUCCGGGACAUCAUCUCGGGCAAGAUCCUACCCCCUUCGAAACAGCAUCCCACGCCGCGGAAGCGCAAAUCCACAGAUGGCCCAGCCCCCGCCCAGACACCCAGCAAGCGCCCUCGACCUGCGGAAACCCCCACCAGGGCCCAGUCGCACGUCGACGGCUACGGCCACGGCUCCCAAGGCCACCCCGCCGGCGACGACGCGGUGACGCCCUCGCUGAGCCGGCGGCUCUUCAGCCCCGCGGUCCCGACGUCGAUCGGCCCCACGCCGCAGCGCGACGGCCGCGUCCUCGGCCUGUUCGACCUCUUCGCCGGCAGCGACGCCGACAACACGCCCUCGCGACCGCGCUCCACCGCCACAGAUGCAGCAGCCGCCGCCGUCCAAGCGACACCGCGCAAGCAGACGGGUGCGGUGGACCACCACCACCACGCGCCCGCGUCCGGCGGUCGGGAGGACGCCUUCGCGACGACGCCGCUGAGGGGGCUGGACGGCAACGCGCGCAGCAGCGGGUUCGCGGCGCGGGUGGGGCUCGAGGGCCGGACGACGACGACGACAGCGACGGCGACGACGCCGCGGGGCCCGAGGUCGGCGUCGGCGUCGGCGCUGCAGUUUGCCACGCCGGCAUUCCUCAAGCGGGGCUGCGCGCCGCUGCCGCCGAGCGUGGACGAGAACGGCGAGUACGUCGAGUCGCCGCGACCGCUGCGCCUGCCGAGGAAGCCGCUCGUCCGGGGCCUGAGCAGCGUCGUCGCGGGGCUGAGGAGGCUGGAGGAGGAGGCGCUUGAUGAGGACCUGGAGGCGUUGAGGGAGGUGGAGAUGGAGAUGGAGGGGGCUGUGCAGGGCGGCGGGGCUGGGGCCGGGGUCGGGCUGAAAGCACCACCCGCUGGGGGAGAUCGGGCGGUCGAGCUCGAGGACGUCUUUCCCGCUGCUCCUGCUCGUGGGGAUUCUGGCCCGUCGGGCGCAGGCAGAGUUCCCGUCGAGGUGGAGGAUAGCCAGGCGCAGCCGCCGACCUUGCUGGGUGGUUUCGACGACGAGGCCCUGUACGACAGUCCCGUCGAGGAGGCGAUGGACCGUGGGCGGCCGCUACGUGUGUUCAAGAAGAAGGGGCAGAAGCGCACUACGAGGCGGGUCAAUAUGAAGCCGACGCGCAUAAGGAGGCCUGUGGAGGAGGAGGACGCAGAGGGUGAUGGGGAUGAGACCGAUGGAGAGGUGGUGCCCGAGACGCAGCUUGGUACCACAAAGGCUAUGGCGGAUAGGGAUCUGCUUGAUGCAGCUUCUGGCUCCGAGUUCGACGGCUCGGAUUCCGAGCAAGAUGGAAAAGAAGCGGCCAAGAAGAAGGAGGAGGCCGCGGCAAAGGCAAAGGCAAAGAAAGGGAAGGCCGAGGCAAAAGAGAAAGAGGAUGGGCCCGUCAAACGAGUGGUCAGGAAGGUCAAGGCUACGGCGCAUGCGAAUUUCAAGCGGCUGAAGCUAAGGAAUAAUGGAGCAAAGGGCGGUGCCGGGUACAACAGCAGGUUUAGGAGGAAACGAUAAGCCCUGAAGUGUAAUCACGGAGAGAGAUCAUUCUGACUUCCCGUUGUAGCAGGCUUUGCUUUUCAAUCAUCAUCAAUUGCCAAAUAGCAUUCAUGAGGGUCACCUCAUUUUGAAUCGUUCCUUCCGAGACGUUAUUAAAGUG